AUGGGUGUAAUGUUUGGAAUGCCAAGAAUGGCAGGAAGAAAACUGAUGACACUUUUUGAUGGUAGUGGUGGAUGGAGCAGAAACCAUUCUACAUUAGACACUUUGGUGAUAGCAACACGGUUACAGAGACCAAUGCUACAAGAUGCCAUCUUGAAACUGCUCAAGCGUACUGGUAUCAAGAAUUGUAAAUCUGAAGGUGGCGAAGACAGUGAUGAUGACAAUGAUGAACAAGUAACCGAUAAUGCUCAUAAACUCAAAGAAAAGUACUUUGGUUUAGUUGAUGAUCUUGAGAAGUCAAAGAAUGUAUCUUGGCCUGACCUGAUACAUAGUUUCUUAGAGAAGAAAAUCAAUCAGAACUACAACACUCCCGAGGACAUCACUGGUUGUGUCGUCUAUUUGUUGUUGUUGUAUGCGGAGCAUACUCACUUGGUGAAACCAGUGACGUUACCAGAUGAUCGAUACCUUCCAAGAGCGGCAAGGUGGAACAUCAAAGAAAUAUCUGUUGAGUUUCUAAAGGAUAUGGAGGCUUCGCAAUACACAUUCUCUAAAGAAUUUAAGGAUGAAUAUACUAUGUAUGAAAAAGAAAUGUUGAAUGAAAUUGCUCAAAGGCUUCCAGUUGAAGAAGUGCCAUUGACAGUAGAUUGGCAAGAAAAAUUCGAGGAUUUGGAAGUAAAGAAUGAAGAUUUGAGGCUGACAAUUGCAGAAAAAUGGUGUGAGUUACAGAGCAGGAAAGACGGCCUCCCCAUUGAUGUGAGUAUCCUAGAAGAGCUUUUGAAUGAUAUAUAUCACAGAGCUUACCCACCUCCACAACCAAACUCGGGAGAAGAAGAAUCUAGCAGUAGCUCUGAAGAAGGGCAUGAUGAUUUGGAUGACACCGUUCCAUCAGCAACUACUCCCUUGGUAACAGAGGAUGAACAGGAAAUUCCAGAUGAUACCCAAGAAAAGUCGAAUGAACAGGGAAAUGCUACUCCAACAAUGCCUGUUAUGGGGGGCUCUGAAGAAAAUCUCACACAGUUCGAUAUUGAAGUUUCACAGUUUAAAAUUUGGGCUAGAUCUGAUUUGGAGCGAAAGGUGAAAGAGCUGCAAGAGGAAAAGAGCAUGCCAGAACCAUCACAGACUGAAAAGGCUGAACUCCAACAAACAGCAGCGACACAAGUUCUGGGUAAUAUUGAAGUGGAAAUUGGUUCUCUUAGAGAUAGACAGGGUGCAUCGCUUGAAGAAAUGUUGCCGAAUAUGCAGUUUAUGCCUUUGGUUUGUGAGCUGCCGAGUCUCAAAGAACUGCAUACCGUGCCGAUGGAGAAACUGAUUGACCUGGCCAUCCAUGGGAAGGGUAUUUAUACCGAUGAGAAUUCUUAG